CGGCGGCUCUUGUGUCGGUGUCUCUCGUUAUCCCCUGAGCCCCGGGCCCCGCGGCAGCCAUGCCGGCUCACUCCCCGAAAAGCAGGAGCCGAGACCCGAGCGGCGGCGGCGGUGGCGGCGGCGGCGGGAGGCUGGAGUUCAUGGCGCUGAACAGGCCGCUGAUGCAGAAAGCGGCCUCGGAGCCCUCCUCGCCCCGGCACCGGGGGGCGGGGGCGGCCCAGUUGGACGGGCACAGCCUCGGCCUCCGCCGGGACUCGGGCUCGUCCUCCGGCGCCGGCUCAGCCGCCUGCCUGCCCGAGGAGGACUGCAUGAAGCUGAACCCGUCGCUGCUGGGCAUCGCCCUGCGCUCGCUGCUGGCCAUCGACCUGUGGAUGUCCAAGCGGCUGGGCGUGUGCGCCACCGAGGAGUCGUCGUGGGGCAGCGCCAGGCCCAUCAUGAAGCUGAUCGAGGUGUCGGGCCACGGCCUGCCCUGGAUCGGAGGCACCCUGUACAGCCUGUACAAGAGCGACAGCGCGGCCGGACAGGAGGUGCUGCUCAACCUGCUGCUGGCUUUGAUCCUAGAUCUGAUCCUAGUCGGCAUUGUUAAAUCACUGGUCCGCAGGCGUCGGCCUACACACAACAAAAUGGACAUGUUUGCCACGUUUUCAGUGGACAGAUUCUCCUUCCCGUCAGGCCAUGCGACCAGGGCAGCAAUGGGAGGCCGAUUCUUCCUUAACCACUUGGUUCUAGCAGUCCCGCUGCGUAUUCUGGUCGUGCUGUGGGUGUUUAUCGUGGGACUCUCACGAGUGAUGCUCGGAAGACACAAUGUGACUGAUGUAGUUUGUGGUUUUAUCAUGGGAUAUCUGCAAUACAGUCUGGUGGAGUAUAUGUGGUUAUCAUCUGCUAAUCUGCAGAGACUUUUGGAAUUGUGCAGAUUUAAAUAAUAUUAGCUUUAAAGACGUAUGAAUAAUUAUGUGAUCAAGCAUAAUAUACCUACUGUGAAAAAUUGAUCUGUAGAUUAUAGGAUUACAAUGCAAUUAUUUCAUAUUGUGAAAGUCAUAUUUCAUAUUAUCAAAUUUUCUGAGUUUGUGACAGUAUCUUAUUUUAUGGGGCCUUUAAUGUUGAAAACUGCCAAAAUUCAGAUCACCAAACAACCUUCUUUCUACUUUGUAUUCUUUCCUUAAUGUGUGGGAUCAUCAAUGUGAACAGUGACGUGUUGGAGUUUGGUGAGUGUUCUACUUUUAGGGUUUGGUUUAGUGUUGGUUUAUGCUCUUUUCCAAACACCUCAAUGUUAACAUCAGGGCACUAUCUUCACUACUGUACUAACACAACAUUUCCACUUCUUACAUUCCAUCCGUAUGGCUUUUAGUCAAGAACUGUAAAAUGUAUGAACUCGAGUAAUUUUCCUAUGUGGAUUCCUUUCCACUUGAAGGCUUCUUUGAAUUAAUUCACUUUGGUACCUUAAUUCUUUCAGAAGGAGGAAACCUUUUGUUCCACUUAUUUACACUAUCCUAUUACUAAGACCCAGGAGCAUACUAACCCAACUAAAACUUUUUAUUUAAAAAUAGGGAUUUACAAGAAACCAGAAGGGUGUAUUUGCUGACGUGCACAAUUUCCGGGCCCUGUUUAGUUUGACAUUCUUUUAAAUAAUGGGCGUAAUAUAGAUAUGACCUUCCAGAAUCCAUAUUCUAUGUGUAAAUGGAUAUUCAACAGCAGCAAAUUCAAAGAACCACCCUCCAAACUUCCCCUCUCACUCUCUGAACAUGCAAUGAAUGCACUGGUAUUCUUUAUCUACAUUUGUUGGCAGUAUUUUAUUGAUCUUGGAUUACAAAAACAUGGCGUGACUUUGUUCUCCAUUCUGUAUGAUCUCAGAGUGCAUAAUAAAGUAAGGGGUGAGGUUGGCACAUGUUAUGUUAUCUUUGUGCAGGAAAUGUACA